UAUUUUGAUUCUAUUCCAGCGAAAGAGAGCUAUAAUUUUCUCUGCCACGUCAUUGCAAAACGCUGUGUAAGCUCGAACCUUAUCCACGUCAUUUUAGUCCUCUGUCCUCUAUGCUUAUCGAAGUUGAGAGAGGUGGAGUGGUAAAAUCUGAUCGGCGCCGGAGUCAGAGUCGGAGAUGAAAGUUCUUCACAUCCCAUGCUUAGAUGACAACUAUUCCUAUAUGAUCAUCGAUGAAACUACUAAGGAAGCUGCGGUGGUAGACCCCGUCGAGCCGCAUAAGGUCCUCAGAGUUGCUCAAGAGAACGAAGUUGACCUCAAGUUUGUUCUCACCACUCAUCACCACUGGGAUCAUGCUGGAGGAAAUGAUAAAAUAAAGCAGCUCGUUCCUGGAAUAAAAAUUUAUGGUGGAUCAGUUGAUAAUGUGAGGGGCUGUACAGAUAAAGUAGAAAAUGGUGACAGGGUAUCCCUUGGUGCUGACAUCAGCAUAUUAUCUCUUCACACACCAGCCCACACUAAAGGUCAUAUAAGCUACUAUGUUACUGACAAAGAGGGAGAGGAUCUCGCUGUUUUUACUGGGGAUACAUUGUUUAUAGCUGGUUGCGGUAAGUUUUUUGAAGGCACUGCAGAACAAAUGUAUCAAUCACUGUGUGUGACAUUAGGUUCUUUGCCUAAGCCAACUCGGGUAUAUUGUGGUCAUGAGUACACAGUAAAGAAUUUGCAGUUUGCAUUAACAGUUGAACCAGACAAUGUCAAAAUUGCAGAAAAGUUGGCAUGGGCUGAGCGUCAGAGAAGAGUAGGCCUUCCAACUAUUCCAUCGACUAUUCAGGAAGAAUUUGAGAGUAACCCAUUCAUGCGGGUUGAUCUUCCAGAGGUUCAGGAUAAAGUGGGGUGCAAGUCUCCUGUUGAAGCCAUGCGUGAAAUCAGGCAACGGAAGGAUAAUUGGAAGGGCUGAAUAAUAACGCGAACCCCAGUGCUAAUAUUUCUUAUGGUUAAUGUUUGUGCAUCUAAUAAGGUGGAUAUGUCAAGUGGCAAAAUCAAAUUGAACUUUUUGUUGGAAGUGUGCAUUUUCAUUGUUAGCAUCAUAAUCCUGUCAUUUACUUUGAACAUAUCUGUGUAUGAAAACGUAUCUGGUGCCCCGCCCCAUUGUCAUCAUUCCUAUGAAAUUAACUUAACAAGCAAAACUUAACAAAA